AUGAACGGGGACGAGAUCGCGACGGGCCCUGUCGAUAUCGACGGCCGCGAACCGCCUCUCCAGGAGUUCGAAGCAGAAGGCACAACAGCGACAGCCCGCCCUCCGGUGCUGGAGCUCUCCCACAGUUCCGAGGGACACGAGGAGCAGGGCCGACUCCACGGGUCGCGCGUCGGCGGUGGGUGCCACUAUCCCGUCCAGGCCUCGCACCUGGGCGCUGGUGUUGAACAAGGCCAGACCUGGCGACGCGUUGGUCGUCGCGGGCGAGACUCGGGGCAGGCCGGCACCCGUCCAGUCGACGCCGCGGCAUCUCGAACAGAGUAG